AAUAAAUAAAUUAAAAAAUAAAAGAAAUUAAUAAUUAACAUUUACAAUUAGGUAAAAUAAAAAAUGAGAAAUUCAACCAUUUUUACCAUUAUUGCUUUGUUUUGCUCUUUGAGUUUAUUCUGUGCUAAGGAACAAGCUAUGCCCUUUGCAUUCCAUUCUAAGAAUAUGCCUUUCAGUUUUGAGGAUUUGUACUCAACUAAGGAAUAAAUUCUUGAUAAGUUUUCAGCUAGCAUCGCUACUUAGAAAUUAGAAAGUGGUGUCAAAGCUAUUGUUAUUAAUAUCUAAACUCCUUCAUCUUUAGCUGGAACAAUUGAUAAAAUUAAAGAAUAUGCUAAAUAUUUACCUUAAUUUACUAAUUUAAUUUAGAACUACUUCAGAAAUUAGAUUGUUUAUGAUUCAAUCAGUUUCGUCUAAGAGAUAUAGAAUAGCUUAGAAAAGUUGAACAUUCAAGUCACAAUUAAUUCUGAAGUUAAGCCCAAUCAAGUUGCUAUUGAACAAAUUGACGUUAAAUUAGAAGAUCUUGCCUAAUUGGAACAAAUAGUUAAGAAAUCCAUAGAUUAAGAGGAUGCUUCUGUUUUCAUUAUUUUCACUCAAAACUCUAGCAGCAAAGUCACAAGAGUCUUAUAGCAAGCUGAUGAUAAUAAUGGUCCAUCCAUGGUUUAAAUUCCUAACUAAACAUUAUUUGGCUUAAUCUUAGUUUUCAUUUUAUUCAUUCCCGUUCUUUGGAUCGGUAUUUCUUGUUUAUAUGGCAUCGAAUCUCCUGAAAAGUUUGCUACUCAAAACCUUGUUGUUGGUAGAGAAUAUUGA